ACGUCAAGUGUGCCAACUGUCGUAAAAGCACAUGGAAGAAGGACAAAGAAGUGAAGGCGGACGCUAAUAAGUUAGUGUUGUUAUUUGUUCGCUAUGAUGUAAAUAUUUAUGUCGUAAAGAGACAUAUUUAAUUAUUUAUUUCAGGGUAGAACGUCUCAGUCUGCGAACAUAUUUUCGUUGCUUUGCUAGUCAGGACUAUAAAGCUGAGAAGCGUCACGUGCUAGUUAGCUUAGCUUGUUAGCUGCUAACAAAGAAACGCGGACGUUAUCAACACUUCGCUAAGUAGAAAUCAAAUCUGAGUGUAAAGUGUUGUGAUUGUGUGAAAAUGUGCGAAAGAACGGGAGCAAAGUGUGAGGAGGAACUUUCCAAAAGAAAAGAGGAGGACAAUCAACUACUGGACGCUGUUUUCAAGAAACAUCAAGUUGUGUUACACAUAAAAGAUGUCCAGCAGCCCCCUCACAUAAAAAAGGAAGAGGAGGAUCCACAGCCCCCCCACAUGAAAGAGGAAGAGGAGGAAGUGUGGAUCAGUCAGGAGGGAGAGUGUCCUGUAGGGCAGGAGGAGGCUGAUGUCAGCAAGUUUCCACUGACUGUUGUCUCUGUGAAGACUGAAGAGCAUGAAGACAAACCACCUGAGUCCUCACAGCUUCAUCACAGUCCAAACGUCCAGCAGGUGUCAGCAGAGAGUCAUGAAGAUAUUCCCUCCAAGCAGCAGGAGUGGAGCUCCAGUGUGGGACAGAAGGAGCUACAGGACCCCUCCCACAUUAAAGAGGAGCAGCUUCAUGAUGAAAAUGAAGCUCAGUCCUUACAGCUUCAUCACAGUCAAAGUGAGGAGAACAGAGGGGUGGAGCUUGUAAGUCAACACAUCACAGAAGCUGAUGGAGAGCAUUGUGAAGAUAUAAAGUCAGAACCAGACAGCAUCUUUGCUCCACUGUCAGACAUGGACCACAUGAUGUCACACUCUUCUGAUCACAGUGACCACAUCCAAAAACCUUUGAAGAGUAAAAAUGACUCCAAAGGUGAUAUGAGACAUCACACUAACAACAAACACUUGGACUGCUCUGAAUGUGGGAAAUCAUUUAGACACAAGAGUAAUUUUACAGUACAUAUGAGAAUACAUACUGGAGAGAAACCUUUUACUUGCUCGGUUUGUAAGAAGAGUUUCUCCACAAAGCUUGAUAUGACCACACACAUGAGAACACACACUGGAGAGAAACCUUUUACUUGCACUUUUUGUAAGAAGAGUUUCUCUAGAAAGAUUGACAUGACCAGACACAUGAGAACACACACUGGAGAGAAACCUUUUGCUUGCUCUGUUUGUAAGAAGAGUUUCUCCAGAAAUAAUCACAUGACCACACACAUGAGAACACACACUGGAGAAAAACCUUUUGCUUGCUCAGUUUGUGCUAAAAAAGUCAACACUAAGAAUGAUAUGCUAUUACACAUGAGGAUACAUACUGGUGAUAAACCUUUUACUUGCUCUGUUUGUAAGAAAGGUUUCUUCACAAAGCAACACAUGAUCACACACAUGAGAACACACACUGGAGAGAAACCUUUUGCUUGCUCUGUUUGUAAGAAGAGUUUCUCCAUUAAGUCUGCCAUGACCUCACACAUGAGAACACACACUGGAGAGAAACCUUUUACUUGCUCUGUUUGUGAGAAGAGUUUCUCCAGAAAGCUUACCAUGACCGAUCACAUGAGAACACACACUGGAGAGAAACCUUUUACUUGCUCUGUUUGUAAGAAGAGUUUCUCCAAAAAGCAACACUUGACCACACACAUGAGAACACAUACUGGAGAGAAACCUUUUACUUGCCUUGUUUGUAAGAAGAGUUUCCCCAGAAAGUGUGACAUGACCACACACAUGAGAACACACACUGGAGAGAAACCAUUUAGUUGCACUGUGUUUGCUAUAAGGUUCGGGUUUAAGAAUCAGGUCAGUAGACACAAGUGUGUAACAGUCAUGGAAGCUGCAGGGAAUUAAAAAAAACUUAAAAAGUGAAUGUGCUAAAUGUACUUUAAGAACACAGCAUGUUUAAUAUAAAUUUAUAUUAGAUGUUGUAUGUAGUGCAUCUUAUCUUUUACUGUUAAAGUUAAAGUACCAAUGAUUGUCACACACACACUAGAUGUGGCGAAAUUAUUCUCUGCAUUUGAUCCAUCACCCUUGAUCACCCCCUGGGAAGUGAGGGGAGCAGUGGGCAGCAGCGAUGCCGCGCCCGGGAAUCAUUUAUGGUGAUUUAACCCCCAAUUCAACCUUUAAGGAGAACAAUAUCACAAUUUCACAAGGGUUAAAAACAAUAAAAAUCAG